AUGCAACGGAAAGACUGGGGUAUUGAAGAGUUUAUGAGUGUUAUUUGGAGCGAUGAGUGUGCAGUUGAGAGAUCUAAAGACCCUCGUCAAAUUUGGGUCUUCAGAGAACCUGACGGGAAAUGGCUCGCCGACUGCAUCUAUCCAAAGCCAAAAGAUCGUGGUAUUUCUCUGAUGGUUUGGGGUUGUUGCUAUGGGAGAAAUAAAGGCCCUUUGGUUCCAGUACCCGAGAGUAUGACUGGUAUCCGCUACCUUAGAAUUAUCAAGCACUAUCGUCCGUCAGUUCUCAGAAAUGCUCUGAUGAUCUAUCCCUAUGUCACUUUUCAACAUGAUAAUGCACCAGUUCAUACAGCUAGAAUAAUCACUGAAUGGUUCGAUCAUAACAAUAUUGAGGUGGAAGCCUAUCCACCUUACUCUCCAGAUCUUAAUCCUAUCGAGCAUGUAUGGGUAGAACUCAAGAAAAGACUUCAACAACAGUACCCUAGAAUUGCAGAUACCAAAGGGGGACCACCUGCUGUCAAGAGCGAACUGGCUCGAGUUCUGCCUUUAGUUUGGGAAACUAUACCUCCGGAGUUCUUUGAAAAACUUGCAGCAUCGAUGCUCCGAAAGGUGGAAGCCGUUAUUCAAGCAAAAGGCUGGUAUACGAAGUAUUGA